AUGCUCCUCAUCGCGGCGCCUCGGCGCCUCAACAUGCCUCGAUGCCUCCGCCUCCUCCUGGCACUGUCUCUUGCCUUCUUCUGUUCCCUCGUCGCCUAUUCCAGGCCGUCUACGGCCCCUCCCCAACUUUCGAUCCGCCCUCAGCGCCGACCCCCUGACCUCGACGUCUCCAAGCUCGCCCUCUUGGUCGAGGAUCGACCGCAGCCCAUGCUAGCCCCCGUGUUGCUACACUUCAUGGCCGUUCUGCCCCCCUCGUGGCCCGUCCUCUUUCUCGGCUCCGCCGCGUCCCUCGCCGCGCUCAACGCCUCGGCCGCCGCGCGCGCGCACGCCCGCACUGGCAGGCUCUCCCUGCAGCCUAUCCCCGCCAACAUGAGCACCGCAGGCCAGGAGAUGGUCAGCCGGUUCCUCACCUCGCGGUGGUUGUACGAGGUCGCUGUUGCGCCUGCCGAGUGGCUGCUCGUCUUCCAGACGGACUCGGUGAUCUGUGCCAACAGCCGGCUCGACGUGGACGGCUUCCUGGGGCUCGACUGGGUCGGCGCGCCCUGGCUCCCCGACGCGGCAUGGGGAGGCAACGGGGGCCUUUCGCUGCGCCGCGUGAGCCGCAUCGUCGAGGUGCUUCGGUAUCAGCAGAGGCGCGACGACAGCGAGCCCGAGGACGUGUGGCUCACGGAGCGGCUCGCACACGUUCCCGGCGCAAACGUCGCCAACGGGUCCGUCUCGCUGACCUUUUCGGGGGAGAUGCACAGCGGCGUCGCCGAAGCCGCCGCGUCCGCCGAGAUGAGGCUCUGCAGCAACGGCACGCUGCUCUGCAACGGGGUAAACGAGCGCGUCAAGGGCAUCGACGACUGGAGGACGGGGUUUUACGAACCCAUGGGGUACCACACGGGGGGCAGCGGCAAAUACCUUCACUCGCCGAUAUGGGGUACGCCAGAGCUGCGGAGGCAUAUCUACGGCUACUGCCCUGAAGUCAAGAUGACCGUGGCCAUGGACGUGGCGAGGUACGUUCCAGGGACCUGUGCGGGCCAUUGGUGA